UUAGCAGCCCAAGUCCUGGAAGAAAAAGGGGUCGGAUUUGGUCUCGUGGACUCAGAGAAAGAUGCUGCCGUGGCCAAAAAACUAGGGCUGGUUGAGGAAGACAGCGUGUACGUGUUUAAGGAGGAUGAAGUCAUUGAAUACGAUGGGGAAUUUUCAGCGGACACCUUGGUGGAGUUUCUCCUUGAUGUCCUGGAGGACCCCGUGGAGUUUAUUGACGGAGAAAACGAACUUGAAGCCUUUGAAAAUAUCGAGGAUGAGCCCAAACUCAUUGGGUACUUCAAGAAUGAGGACUCUGAGCAUUUCAAGGCCUACGAAGACGCUGCUGAAGAGUUCCAUCCUUACAUCCCUUUCUUUGCAACUUUUGACAGCAAGGUUGCAAAAAAGCUGUCUCUGAAGCUGAACGAAAUUGACUACUAUGAGCCCUUUAUGGAGAAGCCGGUCACUAUCCCGGACAAGCCGAACAGCGAGGAAGAGAUUGUCCAGUUCAUGGAGGAGCACAAGAGGCCAACUCUGAGAAAACUCCACCCAGACAGCAUGUAUGAAACCUGGGAGGACGAUAUCGACGGCAUUCACAUUGUCGCUUUUGCAGAGGAGGACGAUCCGGACGGUUACGAGUUCCUAGAGAUCCUGAAAGAAGUUGCCCAAGAGAACACAGACAACCCAGACCUCAGUAUCAUCUGGAUCGAUCCUGAGGAAUUCCCACUGCUGAUCCCCUACUGGGAGAAAACCUUUGGCAUCGACUUGUCCCGGCCUCAGAUUGGCGUUGUCAACGUAACGGAUGCUGACAGCGUGUGGCUGGACAUGGAUGACGAGGAAGACCUUCCUUCUGCAGAUGAGUUGGAAGACUGGAUUGAGGAUGUGCUGGAAGGAGAAAUUAACACUGAAGACGACGAUGACGAUGACGACGACGACGACGACGACUAAGGGCUGGCCCUUCCCAUUAUUCGUGCAAGGCGGGCCCUGCCUGGGAGGCUCCACCCACGUCCCAUCUUGUCCUAGCACAUCACCCAGCUGACCACAACAGCAGCACAUUUGGCCUGCACGAAAAUGCCACGGGCCACCAGACCCUAGCGAGAAAAUAUUUUUAUAUUGAUCUUAUUUACGUCCAAGGCCCUCACCGCAGUCUGACCAUUUCCCCUCCAUGAAUACCCCCUCUGGAAACUCCAAUCUGCCCUUGACCAGCGCAGGGGGAGAACUGGAUUUCUCCAAAUUUUUUCCAAAGGUCCUCUCCUUCUGCCCUCGGGCUCCCUUCGUGAGAAUGACCCCUUCCUGGGAUGACUCCGACCCCUGCCAAAUCCUUUUGAGACCCUAGAAAGGUUGCUCUGUUGCAGCCUUCGGGGGGGUGGAUUCCCCCCUAGCAUCACCAAAGGCGUGAUUAGCCCUGUUUGGGGGCUAGAUGAAUUUCCCAUCAUGCACCUCAACCCUGAGACUUGGCGCUUGCCCUCCAUCCUUGCAUUUCUGCUUCGGAGCUCUUUGGGGGCUCUUAAUUGGCAAGGCUGCUCUUAUCAAUGGAGUUCACCUAGGCGUCCCUCUAUCCGGGGGGCACGCACAAGGUGGAAUGCCAGAAUUAAAGUGGCUGCCAUCUUCACCAACACCCCCCUUCUGAUCCUGCCUGGGUCUUUAUGCUAUAAGGCUGGGGACAUGAUGUCAGCAUUUCUACUCCGGUUUUGGCUGUGAGGGGACUCUGGCAACCAUGUUCUUGCCUUUUCAGGUACAUAAACCCACAUCACUAGAGGGCAGCAGUUUAAUUUACAAAGAUAUUCAGCCAUGCGCAAGGAACAGCAGAAACAGGAAAAGUGGUCGGCAAACUUGUUGUUAACAUCCAUUCAAAAUUGUUCCCCGAGUGAUUCUUCUCCUUACACACACACACACACAGACACCCUGAAGGGGAUUUUGCUCUCAUGCCUCUUACACAUCACGAACCUCUCUUAUGCCCAACUCUUUUCGGGUUCUGCUUUUUUAGGAAGAGAACUUCUGAGUCAUUUGGCCAAAUAAACUGAAGAAGGAAGAGAUGUGCCCACAAUAAAAAUCAGAUGCAAAUUAACUUCUGAGCUUGGGGGCAAAGAGAUUCGGGCUCCAUGUUCCCGGUCUCUUUCAGGAAGGAGGGGAGCUGGCUCAGCAGGUGGUGGGGGGCGUAAUGUACAAUUUGUAUAUUUUUCAACACCUUUGUACAGAUCAACCAAAAGCGAUUAAAGAAAUGAAACAAUAAAAGGGUCUG